AAUUUUUUUUGUCCCUGUACACACAGUAAAAAAAAAUUGCAUCGUUCGUUGGAAAAUUUGAAAUAUCUUAGGUAAUUGUAUUAUAAUAGUAAUUAAUUACUACCAUUAUAGAAGAAAGAACAUAUUAGACAAGUCAUGUCGCGUUUCUUUGUUUCUGGAUAUAAUUCAGAUUCAUCAUCUGAAGAAGAAGAUUUAUUAAGUUCAUCAGAAGAAGAAUUAAUUUCAUCAUCAGGAGAUGAAUCAACUGAUUCUGAAUUUGCUAAUGAUUCAGAUUCUGAUGAUUCAAGUGAUUCAGAUUCAGAUGCUCGUCCAACUGGUCCAGCUUAUUUCUUAAAGAAAAGCUUUUUAAAAGGUUCAGCUGAUGAUGAUUCAGAUUCAGAAUCUGAUGAAGGUAGAAAAGUUGUUAAAUCUGCUAAAGAAAAAUUAUUAGAUGAUAUGGAAGAAUCUAUUGAAACAAUUAAUAUUAAUAAAAGAAGUAAUAAUUGGUCUAUUGUAUUAAAUGAAUUUGAUAAAUUAACAAGACUUUUAAUUAGAGCUAGUCAACAAAGUAUUACAACUCCAAAUUUUUAUAUUAAAUGUUUAGCAAGUUUAGAAGAUUAUGUUAAUGAAACUAAUGAAAAUGAAAAAUCAGAAAAAUCUUUAAAUGCUGCUGAAGCAAGAGCUUUUAAUACUACAAGACAAAGAGUAAGGAAACAAAUUAAAGAAUAUCAAUCUCAAUAUGAUUUAUAUCGUGAACAACCAGAUUUAUUUGAUCAAGAAGAAUCAGUAGAUAUUCCAAGAGAUAUUUCAAUUGAUCAAAGAGAUUAUACUCCAGUUGGUUCAACAAGAACUUUAGGACCAAUUUUUACUGCAUUAAAACAAAUUGUCGAAUCUCGUGGUAAAAAGAAUAUUGAUAAAUUUGAUCAAAUUCAAACUUUAGAAUCUUUAUUAUCUGAUAAUUUAUCUAAAGGUAGUACUUUUGAAUUAAUUGCAAUUUAUCAAACUUUAUUAUCUAUUAGAUUUGAUGCUGCUGCUAAUCAAACUUUUAUGUCAACAGAAUUAUGGAAAAAGAAUGAAAAUGAUUUAAACUCUUUAUUAGAUGUUUUAGAUAAUAAUAUUAAAUCUUAUCAAGUUUCUGAAUUGGGUAUUGCAACUGAUGAUAUUGAUAUUGAACCAAUUCCAAGAGAUGAUGGAGUUAAAGUUAUUUUUGGAUCUAUUACUUCAUUAAUUGAUAGAUUAGAUGAUGAAUUUACUAGAUCUUUACAAAAUACUGAUCCUCAUUCAAUUGAAUAUGUUGAAAGAUUAAAGGAUGAAAUUAGUAUUUAUAAAUUAAUUGUUAGAGGUCAAUCAUAUAUUGAAUUAAUUACUCCAGAACAAAUUAAACCAAGUUCAGAACAAUUGGCAAGAAUUACUCUUAGAAGAUUAGAACAUAUUUAUUAUAAACCAGAUCAAUUAAUUAUAUCUAAUGAAUCUGAAGCUUGGAAAGAUAUUAAAUCUAAUUCAGAAAUUAUUUCAUCACCUUCAGAAACUAUUGAAAAAUUAAAUAUUUAUUUAAAAAAUCAUGAAAAUUCAAUUUAUGGUAAACAUAGUUUAUUAUUUACAAUUUAUUAUUAUGCUGUUAAUAAUAAUUAUUCUAAAGCAAGAGAAUUAUUUUUAUCAUCUCAAUUAUAUGGAUCAAUUAAUCAUUCUGAUUCAAGUUUACAAGUUCAAUAUAAUAGAGCUAUAGUUCAAUUAGGUUUAAGUGCUUUUAGAUCAGGUUCAAUUGAAGAAUCUCAUAAAAUUUUAAAUGAAAUUGUUAAUUCUCAAAGAUCUAAAGAACUAUUAGGUCAAGGAUUUAAUUCUAAAUAUCCAAAUCAAGCUACAACUGCUGAAAAACAAAAGUUAUUACCAUUCCAUCAACAUAUUAAUUUAGAAUUACUUGAAUGUGUUUAUAUGACAAGUUCUUUAUUAAUUGAAAUUCCUGCUUUAGCUCAAGCAUCUAAUUCUACAAAAGAUUCAAAGAGAAAGGCAAAUAUUAAAUCAUUUAAGAGUAAAUUAGAAUUCCAUGAUAGACAAUUCUUUACUGGACCACCAGAAAGUAUUAAAGAUCAUAUUGUUCAUGCAUCUAUUGCCUUACAAAAGGGUGAUUGGUCUAAAUCAUAUCAAUUAUUAUCUGGUAUUAAGAUUUGGAAAUUAUUCCCUGAUAAUGAUAACCUAUUAAUUAUGUUAAAGAGUCAAUUACAAGUUGAAGGUUUAAGAACUUAUGUAUUUACUUAUAAAACUGUCUUUACUAAAUUAUCAGUUGAAAAAUUAUCUAAAGUUUUCGACCUUUCAAAUGAAAAGAUUUAUGAAAUCUUAGAAAAGAUGGUUGAAUCUGGUGAAGUUGGUGGUUCAUUUGAUGAAUCUAAAUUAUUUAUAAAUUUCACUAGUAAUGAACCUCAUAGAACAAGAUUACAAGAAUUAGCUAUUGUCAUGAAUGAAAAGGUUGGAUUAUUGACUGAAAAGAAUGAAAAGACUGCUUCUAAUGGUUAUGGUAAGAAACAACCACAACAGCAACAACAACAACAGCAACAGCAAGGCCAACAACAGCAACAACAACAAGGCCAACAACAAGGCCAACAACAAGGCCAACCACAAACUCAAGGACAAGGACAAGGACAACAAUCUCAACAAUCUCAAAGAGAUACUGAAGAACCUAACAGAUUCAGAUACGCCAAUGUCAAUUCCAAUAAUGACGAAUUCCAAUCCGCCGUCUAACCAUGGCACCUUCCUACAUCUUUACUUCUUGUUUCAUUUUGUAAAUUAUAUUUAAAUUCUUGCAUAUCAUUUCUAAUAUACAAUGGCAUUUUGAACAUUUUCUGUAUACAUAGUAAAUAAAUAAAUGAAUAAUUAAUUAAUUAAUUAGCCGCUGAGUAUCUGUCUCAAUUCAACUGCAAAAAAGUCGUAGACAAAAAUUA